AUGGACGGCCCGGCCCGCGUGACGUCACGUGAACUAAACAAUACUGGCGACAAGCCGUUUGUCUGCCCGACGUGCGGCCGCGCAUUCUCGCGCAAUGACUCCCUCACGCGCCAUGUCCGCAUCCACGGCAGGACAGGGCUGGAGCCCAUCCAUCGGCCCUAUCAACAGCCUACGACCCAGCCGCAAGUGAGCCAGCAGGUGGUGACUCCCACUAGUGUAAAUGGCGCCUCGGAUUUCGUGGGCGGCGAUGCUUUCGAGCAGACUCUGGACCAUUCCAACGAGGCUCGCGAUGACGACUCCUCGAUUGUGCCCGCUGCCGACUACAGCUUCACGAGUCCCUUGUCAUUUGACGGCAGCUUAGCGUGGCCCGAUGCCGAGCAGCUCUUGCAGACGAUUGUUUCGUCCGACUGGAGCUCACUGACCCUUCCUCCUGAUAUGCUUGCCGCGACGCCGCCUAGUGAUGGUGCCACGCCAUUUGUCAUCGACCCUCGACUGCAGGAAAACCAUGGUCAUCCGAUGCAGUCUUCUGACGGCUCUGCCGAGGCCAUUCAGAGCCUCAGCAAUAUGAUCACCAGUGUGUCCAGUCGAGUCACCACAGCUGUUGAGAAACUACCGGGCUUGACCUCUGCGUUUCUGGACAACUGCCUGCAGACGUAUUUCAUUCGCUUCAAUCCCUCAUUUCCGAUUCUGCAUCGCCCGACCUUCGUAUUUCGCGAAUGUUCGCCGAGUUUGCUGCUUAAUGCCAUAGCACUUGGCUCCUUGUUCAUCGGCACGGAGGAUGCAGUAUCAAAGGGAGAGGCGCUAUGGCGACUUGCAUACACUGCUGUAGCAACAUCGUGGCAAAGUCUCCUGUAUCAUCGUGGAAUGCAUGACUCUCGAAAUGGUGUCCAACUAGCUUUGACAGCCUUGCUUGGUCAGACCUAUGCGAUGCUAUCCAAGAACGAAACUCUCAGAGUUACAAGCCAGGUCUAUCAUAGCCUAGGUUUCAGCUGGGCGAGACAUUGCAACUUGUUCGAUUUAGAGCCGCUUUCUGGUGUAGAGUCACUCAGCACCAAUGGUGGCGAGGAGCUGGCAAAGAGCUGGAAGGCUUGGGUGGCUCGUGAGCAGCAACUUCGAGCCUUGUUGGGCCACUACAUACUUGAUGGCCAACUCUCAUUCUUAUCUGGACAACCGACGUCGGUCUCGCAUGUGACUAAUCCUCUUGUCCUCUCCGGCAACUCCCGACUCUUCGACAGCCAGAGUGCGGCUGAGUGGCUUACGGAGAUGAAGAGUGCGUCGCACGAGCCUGUUCACUUCCGACAACUAUACUUUGCCCUGUUCGAGGCACAGAAUAUCGACCCCUCCUUAAUGGGAGCCGCGAAAACAGACGACUUGAAGAGCCUAGGGAACUCUCUUGAUGUCCGAGUUGUUCUUGAAUGCAUCCAUUCACUGGUACGAGAGACUCGGGACUCCCUCUAUGUGCAUUCAAUUGGGUCCUUGCCCUCGCUGUUUGAGGUCAAGACAGCACUUUUCCGCGUAUACAGACGCCUCGAACACCAUCAUGACCCAGUCGAGCGCCUGGUGCUACUCUUAAGGUGGCAUUUUGUGUGUCUGGAUACUGUCUCAAAUUCCAUGCACAUCUGCACUCGUCUGAUUCAUCAAUUUCAGAUCCAACAGAAUUUGUUCGGUCCGAGAGAUGCGUCAGAGUCUUGGUCGUCGAUUGUGGACUGGGUCAGGACAUCCCCCGACGCAAAACGUGCUUUGUUGCAUGCUACAGCUAUUCAGGAUAUUGCCGGUCAACUCCCACUGAGUCACAUAAACUCAAUGUGGAUGCCAAUACCAAUUUUCGCAGCUGCUAUAAUCUUCGGAAUCUUCUGCCUCAAUGGCCUCUCGACGGUCACACUUCCACACAGUGUCGACUGGAGUGUUGCUUUGGAUCUGACAAACCCUGGGGCAGAGCCCGCAGCUUUGACGUCUUUUGAUGAUCAGAGUCAAAGCAAGACGCAAGCAUUUCUUGGAUCAAGCUUCCGUGCGGCGAAUUUGGCGCUCGGCCAUUCCAGAAACCUGCGUUACGAUUUCAACUCACUUCAGACGAUCAUCCACGGUCUGUCGGUGCAGUGGGGGGUGUGCUGUGAGCUGGAGAGUGUGCUCCACAGCCUCAAGGCGCACUGUCCCUAG